CAUUUGAUUGCUUAUGUUAUGACCAAGAAGUGCCCAAGAAAACACCUUCACCGAAACAAGACCCGCCUACUUUGCCACGCCAGAUGACGCAGAUCAUCUUGAAUAAUCCUACACCUGGUGACGCUGAUUCGAUUUUGUUGCCGCCGCCAGACCAUGUUGUGUUGAACCAUCUGUAUGUGAUGACGAAG